AUGAAUAAAAUAUAUCUAAAAAACGUUGAUGAUUUGAUUCUUCAUUAUUGUUAUUAUCUAAAAUAUUGAUUUCAAUACUCAGUAACGUAAAUUUAGUACAGUUGAUUCAACUGAGUUGAAGCAUAUUUUGUAUGCUACCAUAUAUUUUCUCACAUAAUUUAAACUUCAAAAUCAAUAAUCAUUAUUUUAAUAUUAUUGUAUUUUACAAGGUGAUUGACAUAAAACAAUUUCUAUAACCUUUAAAAAUGGAAACAAUUUUAGAGCAACAACGAAGCUACCAUGAGGAAAGGGAAAGAACCAUGGACGCAAUGGUCAAAGAAAUUCUUCACAAAAAAACUGGGCAUCGGGAGACUAUAAAUGCUGAUCAUCGUUUGAAGAAUUUACAUGAUAGAUAUAUUGAAGCCUCUAUAAGACUUAAAGAAUUGUAUGAAGAUAAAGAUGGAUUACGAAAAGAAGAAAUAUCAGCAUUGUCAGGUCCACAUGAGUUCCAGGAGUUCUAUUCGAGACUUAAGCAAAUUAAAGAGUUUCAUAGAAAACAUCCAAAUGAAAUAUCUGUACCCAUGUCUGUAGAAUUUGAAGAGUUGGCAAAUCAAAGGGAAAAUCCUGCUGAGGAUUACACAGUUCCUGUCGAGUUCACUGAUGAAGAAGGCUAUGGAAAGUAUUUGGACCUACAUUCGUGUUAUGAAAAGUACAUUAACUUGAAAGGUAUUGAGAAAGUAGAUUAUAUUACAUACUUGAGCAUAUUUGAUCAUCUCUUUGACAUACCUCGUGAAAGGAAGAAUAGUGAAUACAGGAAUUACAUUCGUGCAUUGCUCACUUAUAUGAAAGAUUUUGUGUCCAGAGUUAAACCUCUUUUGGAUCAGGCUCAAGAAAUGGCUCUAGGGCAUCAGGAGUUUUUAAAACAAUGGGAGUCUGGUACAUUUCCAGGAUGGCCUAAAGAAACUGGUGGAGCUUUAACAAAUGUGGGGGCGCAUUUAGAUCUGUCGGCUUUUUCAUCAUGGGAAGAGUUGGCGUCUCUUGGCCUGGACAGAUUAAAAUCAGCUCUUAUGGCUCUCGGCUUAAAAUGUGGUGGAACUUUGGAAGAAAGAGCACAGAGAUUGUUUAGCACUAAAGGUCAAACAGCCCUUGACAAGUCUCUUGUUGCGAAAAAGGGAAAUAAGGCAAAGGCUACCACACAACAAAGACAAAAAGACAUUGCUGCAAUUGAAGCACAGGUUUAUAGGUUCGCGACUAUAAUAAGCAGUACACGAGCAUCAACUAUUGAAAAUGUAACGCGUCGUGCUGCAAGAGCUGCUGGUGAACGUCGCGACGAAAGCGGUGACGAAAGUGAUGCUUCUGCAGCACCAGACCUUGAUUCAGAUGAUGAUGAAGUGCCAUAUAAUCCCAAGAAUUUGCCACUGGGAUGGGAUGGAAAGCCUAUUCCAUAUUGGUUAUACAAGUUACACGGUCUCAACAUAAGCUACAAUUGCGAAAUUUGCGGGAACUAUACAUACAAGGGACCGAAAGCGUUUCAGAGACAUUUUGCGGAGUGGAGACACGCUCACGGAAUGCGAUGUCUUGGAAUACCGAAUACGGCUCAUUUUGCCAAUGUCACACAAAUUGAAGAUGCCCUUGCUUUGUGGGAGAAAAUUAAACAACAGAAAGAAACUGAACGUUUCGUGGCAGAGAAUGAUGAAGAAUUUGAAGAUUCUCAAGGCAAUGUUGUAAAUCGUAAGACUUUCGAAGAUUUAAAACGCCAAGGACUUCUAUAAGGAGUUUGUUCAUGGUUAUUAUUUUUAUGAUUCGUAUGAAAUAAAUAUUUCGUGUAUAGA